AUCCAAAUCCAUCCGCCGUCCGCGAUAAACUGCUCUCAGACGGCGGUAAAGACCUGUUGCAACGGAUGACCUACACCACAGCCGUAAUCAAGGAAGCUCUCCGUUUAUGGCCUCCAGCCGGCACCGCCCGCAAAACGGCGCCUGGAUCGGGACUUACGGUGCACACCUCGACUGGGGAGUACCGUCUCGAAGGAGUGUAUGUGUACAACUGCGCCAUCAUGAUCCAGCGGGACCCGGAAGUGUAUGGUGACACGGCAAACGACUUUGUCCCCGAGCGCUGGCUGCACAAUGCGGCCGACCAGAUCCCAAUAUCCGCUUGGCGCCCGUUUGAGAGGGGUCCGCGCAACUGCAUCGGGCAGGAGCUGGCCCAAAUAGAGGCACGGGUUGUGAUUGCGCUCGUUGCGCGCCGGUUUGACUUUGUCAAGGUUGGGAUUGGUGAGUUGAGUCUGGACGAAAGUGGAAAGCCGAUUUUGGAUGCCAAGGGUCGGUUCAAGGUGGUUUCGGAGAUGUACCCGACACGGCAGGUGACGCCCAAGCCUGUUGAUGGAAUGAUGAUGCGGGUCAAGGUUACCUAGGUACCUAGGUAGAUCAGGCGACCUACAUGAAGAGGAUGAUGGUUUUGAGAAUCUCACAGCUGCUAG